AAAGAAAGAAAGAAACAUUGAAUCAUGUCUACUAGUGGAGCUUUAACCCUUACUUAUUAUCUCCCCAAGCCAAAUGCAAAUUCUAGUUUGCAUGAUCAUCGACACACUUCAGCAUAUCACCCUAGCAUUUGGAAAGACUAUUUCCUUCAAUAUGCUUCAGAAUUCAAGGGACUUGAUUAUAAAACUGAGCCACAAAUUGAUGAACUGAAGAAAGAAGUAUCCAAAAUGCUUACCUCAACAUCUGAGAAGCCCUUAGCAAAACUUGAUUUGAUUGAUUCAAUAUGUCGUUUAGGUAUCCAUUAUCAUUUUGAAUGUGAGAUUGAUGAAGUGAUGCAACAGAUUCACAAGAGUUAUGUCAAAAAUGGAGUAAUAACUAUUGAAGACAAUCUUCGCUCCAUUGCUUUACUCUUUAGGUUACUGCGGCAGCAUGGAUUUCGGGUUUCAUCUAAUGUGUUCAACAAAUUUAAGGAUAUAGAUGGAAAUUUUAAUGAAAGCCUUACGAAAGAUGUUGAAGGAAUGCUAAGUUUAUAUGAAGCUUCACACCUAAGAAUUCAUAGAGAGAAGAUAUUAGAAGAAGCUCUUAAAUUCACUUCCACUCAGCUUGAGUCCAUUACUACUCAUCAUGAGUUGAGCCCUUUUCUUGCAGCGCAAGUUAAGCAUAGUUUAAGGCAGCCUCUCCACCAUGGCUUACCAAGGUGGGAGGCACGACAUUAUAUUUCAAUCUACCAACAACAUCCCAAUCAAAAUGAAGUUUUACUCACUCUUGCUAAAUUGGAUUUCAAUUAUCUACAAAGAUUGCAUAAAAAAGAAGUUGGCAACCUCACCAAGUGGUGGGAGGAGUUAGAUGUGAGUAGAAAACUACCAUAUGCACGGGAUAGGAUUGUGGAAUGUUGCAGUUGGAUUUUGUCUGUAUAUUUUGAGCCCAAAUAUUAUCAAGCAAGAAUAUUACUAACACAAACAAUCGCCUUGUUAUCAAUCAUUGAUGACACAUAUGAUAACUAUGGAACCAUUGAUGAAUUGGAGCUUUUUACUAAGGCAAUUGACAGGUGGGAUGCUUGCUACUUGGAUGAUCUACCCGAAUAUAUGAAAAUAAUUUACAGGGCUCUCUUAGGAGCUUUUGAAAAAGCCAAACAACAAGUGGUGAAGGAAGGAAGAGGAUAUAGCAUUGACUAUGGCAUAAAUGAAUUUAAGAAAACAGUGAAAGCUUACAUGACUGAAGCGAAAUGGUUCAAGAGUAACUAUGUUGCAAAAUCAGAGGAGUAUCUCCAGACAUGUACUCGAUCAACCACUUACCCAUUACUCACAACAACUUGUUUUAUUGGCAUGGGAGACAUGGCUACCGAGGACGUCUUCAAAUGGGUCACUAAUGAACCCAAAAUUGUUACAGCUUCUGCAAUUGUUUGCAGGCUCAUGGAUGAUAUCGUCUCCAAUGAGUUUGAACAGAAAAGAGGACAUGUUGCCUCGUUCCUAGAGUGCUAUAUGAAGGAAUAUGACGUGUCAAGAGAAGAAGCCAUUAAAGAAGCAGAGAAGAGAGUUAGUGAUGCUUGGAAGGAUAUACAUGAAGAAUGUCUUAUGCCAACCAAAGUUCCAAUGAUAUUUCUCAUCCGCUCUCUCAACAUGACACGAUUUAUAAGCGUCAUGUACAAAAAUCAAGAUAAUUACACUCAUGCCCAUGGAAUAAUGAAGAAAUACAUUGAGGAUUUGCUUAUAGAUCCUGUUCCAAUAUAAGAAUAAUUCCUUGUUUUUUCUUGCAUUGUAUGUGGUUUGUUGUCUUUAAAUAAAGAGAGCAUGAUAUGGGACAUGUUCAUGCUGUUUGCUUAGUCAUUCUGACA